AGGGCGCCCCUCGUCUCCGGCAGCCUCCUCAAUGAGUGCCAGGCUCCCCAAGGAGUUGAGGCUGUCCCUGCCGCCCUGCCUCCUCAACAGGACGUCCGCCGCCUCCAACGCCAGCAGCACCUGUGUCGCACAAGUGGGUCAGCUCUUCCAGUCCUUCUCGUCCACGCUGGUCCUAACCGUGCUGGUGGCCCUCAUCUUCUGCGUGAUCCUCCUCUCCCUCGCCACCUUCCACGUCCACAAGCGGAGGAUGAAGAAGCGGAAGAUGCAGAAGGCUCAGGAGGAGUACGAGCGGGACCACUGCGCUCGCAGCAGCGCCCAGCAGCCCGGGGCAGGCGCGCAGGGAGAGGUGCCGCACGGAAGAGACAUCCGCCUGGGAAGAGCCCCCCAGGACUCGGAGAGCCGGCGCCCCUCUCCUUCGGCAGCCCCCAGCGCCCAGCCGGCACGGGUGUGUUUGGACACAGCUGGCGUGGGGCUCCUGCAGACGGUGGUUUUGUCAUGAUGCUUUGGGGGAGACCUCGCGGAAGCGCUGGUCGGUGUUUGUAAAUAUGCGAGUGGUUAUUGUAGUCCCAAAAGAAGAGGAAGACGAAGACAUUGCUAAUUCAAAUGAACGAACAAGCCCACGAUCCAAGCGCAUGACAGAUCACACUGCGUUUCUCAUUGACUGUGCAAGGAAAGGAUGUGUCUUUUUCCUGGAGAAGCAGCUGCACACAGCCAGCAAACACCAAGUCAUCCAUUUGGAGGAAAGCAUGGGGGGUAGGGGUU